ACUAAAAAACGGCUAAUUUUCUUUCAAAACAAUGGAAAAUCCAUAACAAGGCGGCUGCCCCUCUCCAGUUAUGCAAGCAGCUGCUGAUCAGAACGACAAUUCCACACCAAAGAAGAUGUCUUUAGUACCAGUACAAACUCCGGCGGAUGGACCACUCUUCGCGGAGGUCAACAUGGGUGCUGAGCCCUCUGCACCUACAGUCCGCGCCACCGUUGUUCAGGCCUCCACUAUCUUCUACGACACCCCUGCUACUCUAGAUAAGGCGGAGAGGUUGUUGGACGAAGCAGCCGGGCAUGGUUCCCAACUGGUGGUGUUUCCGGAAGCGUUUAUUGGGGGGUAUCCGCGUGGUUCGACUUUCGGAGUGACGAUCGGAAACCGAACUGCCAAGGGGAAGGAGGAAUUCCGCAAGUAUCAUGCUUCAGCCAUUGAGGUCCCUGGUCCUGAAGUGGACAGAUUGGCAGCCAUGGCGGGGAAGUAUAAGGUGUUUUUGGUAAUGGGGGUGAUAGAGAGAGAUGGGUAUACUCUGUAUUGCACAGUUCUGUUUUUUGAUUCUCAAGGUCAUUACCUGGGGAAGCACCGCAAGGUCAUGCCAACUGCUUUGGAGCGUGUGAUUUGGGGUUUUGGAGAUGGAUCUACAAUUCCAGUUUUUGACACUCCAAUUGGAAAAAUAGGUGCUGCUAUUUGCUGGGAGAAUAGAAUGCCUCUUCUGAGGACAGCCAUGUAUGCUAAAGGUGUUGAAAUAUAUUGUGCACCUACUGCUGAUUCCAGAAACAUAUGGCAAGCGUCAAUGACCCAUAUUGCUCUCGAGGGUGGAUGCUUUGUGUUGUCAGCCAACCAGUUCUGUCGCAGAAAGGAUUACCCACCUCCUCCAGAAUAUGUUUUCUCCGGGCAAGAGGAGGAGCUCACUCCAGAUUCUGUUGUCUGUGCUGGGGGCAGUGUCAUUAUAUCACCAUCUGGGACUGUUCUGGCAGGACCUAAUUAUGAUGGGGAGGCACUUAUAUCGGCAGAUCUAGAUCUUGGAGAAAUAGCACGGGCAAAAUUUGACUUUGAUGUGGUUGGCCAUUACUCAAGGCCAGAAGUGCUAAGCUUGGUGGUGAAGGACGACCCAACAAACCCAGUUACUUUUACAUCAGCAUCUGGGAAAGCUGAAGGAUCUCAAAAAUAACUGUCCUCCAGCACCUAGAUUCAUUUGAGAAAACAAAUAAUAACAAUCUGCUGUUCUCCACAUAAAUAAAUAGGUGGAUGCAACUCAUGCUAGACAUGCUCUUAAGUUCUUAACGCCUUCUUAGCACAACCUGUUGUAAACUAAUGGAAGUUAUUUUGAUGUGUGUUGCAUCACAAGAUGUGUUUUAGGUUAAAUUUUCAUUGAUAUCCUUCUGUCAUGUACAUGAACGUACUUCUGUUACAGUUACAUGUGUCAUAUCGUUUGCUUCUGGGUUAAUUUGACAGCCUAUCGUCUGGCU